ACCGGACCAGAGAGAGAGAGAGAGAGACAGACAGCAGCACUCCGUCUCUUUGUUCACGCGCAUCAUGGCUUCAAAAUGUCCAAAAUGCGACAAGACGGUGUAUUUCGCGGAGAAGGUGUCUUCUUUGGGGAAGGACUGGCACAGGUUCUGUCUGAAGUGUGAGCGCUGCAACAAGACGUUGAAUCCCGGCGGCCACGCCGAGCACGAUGGAACGCCGUACUGCCACAAGCCGUGUUACGCAGCGCUGUUCGGACCCAAAGGCGUGAACAUCGGCGGCGCCGGCUCCUACGUGUACGACGCGCCGCCGGUCAAAGAGGCCCCCGCCGCCGUUUCCACGGAAACGGACGGCAAGCCGGAGGGGGGGGAGAAGAAAGCCCCCGGGCCGCGGGGUCCGGUGAAGGCGGCGAGCUUCUCCUCGUUCUCCGGGGGGCCGGACGUCUGCCCCCGCUGCAGCAAGACGGUGUACUUCGCUGAGAAGGUGUCGUCUCUGGGGAAGAACUGGCAUCGGCCCUGUCUGCGCUGCGAGAGGUGCAGCAAGACUCUGUCCGCCGGCAGCCACGCCGAGCACGACGGGCAGCCGUACUGCCACAAGCCGUGCUACGCCGUGCUGUUCGGGCCCAAAGGUGUCAACACCGGUGGCGUGGGCAGCUACGUCUACCACGAGCCCUCCGAGGCGGAGGCCCAGCCCUGAAGCCGACGCCCUGAGGCCGACGCCCCCUCCGCGUCUCUCCGCCGUCUACGGAUACUUCGAUGUUCUGUUGUAUUUCUAUAUUGUUUAUAUUUUUAAAAAAUUGUACAGAUACAAACUUUUAACAUAUCCUCCUUUUUUUUCUUCAAUUGGCCUUAACGUUUUUCGGUUCUGUUUGCCGAUGACUCUGGCCACCGGCCGGCGGCGUCUCCCUCGUGAUUUACACAGUUGAUAUAGUUUGUGCUCUUGAGGCUUCCUGAUGUCAUGAAGCCCAGUUUCACGUUUUCUACAGUAAAACGGUGUGAAGCCAAA